CAAUGUUACGGCAUUUACAAUGAAGCCUAAAUUAAAUCUGCCUUCCUUUAUGUCCGUUAUAGUUGGUCUGUCUCUCUCUCUGGAACACUGUCCACCCCCAUGUAGAUGUGACCGGGGCAUCAGCAGGGUUUCAUGUGUUGGAGCUGAGGUCAUGCCUGUUUUUGGUUCCACCACACAAGAGGUAUGGCUUGUGAAGACAAAUAUUUCUUCUGUUCCUCAAAAUGCCUUUGCCAAUUUGCUCAACAUUUCUCACAUAUACAUCACUGAUGACGACAAUUUAAGAUUUCUUGAGAAGCAUUCCUUUUACAACCUGUCCACGCUCAAGCACAUACAGCUACAUGGUAUUAAAACACUGUCAUACAUCGAUCAAGAGGCAUUUAAGGAACUUCCAAAUCUAAAAUAUCUAGGAAUCAUGAACACAGCUGUCACUUCAUUCCCCAAGCUGGAAUAUAUCAAGUCAAGACAACUGGAUUUUGUUUUGGAAAUAGUGGACAAUGCCUUCAUAAAAACCCUUCCUGCUAAUUCUUUUACUGGAAUAUCAGUGAAUGCUCUAACCAUCAUUCUGAAUAAUAAUGGAUUAAGAGAGAUCCAGGGCUAUGCUUUCAAUGGGAGCAGACUGGAGGAAGUGUACCUUCACAGGAAUGUGGAUUUGGAACGCAUUGAUGAAUUUGCAUUUGAUGGAGUGAUUCAUGGGCCAACUCAUUUAGACCUGUCAGACACCCAAGUACACUCAUUACCUUCUGUAGGUAUGGAGAACAUAGAGAAACUCCAGGUGAAAAGAACAUUGACCCUCAAAGCACUGCCUCCCUUUAGUGCAUUUCUCCACUUACAGACCGCUCACUUGACCUUUCCAAGCCACUGCUGUGGUCUUAAGAUGCUUAAAAGAUUAAGAAGGCACACAGAGGCCGUUUUCUGCAACUUGUCCAGGGCUGCUUUGGGAAAGCAGCUGGAAUCUCCCGCUGUUUUUUCACAGAAAUAUCUGGAACACCAAGUUGCCCUGCAUGUGGAAGAGAACCUUAAUGUUCCAACCCCUCACAGUGCAGGUUACAACAUGAGCUGCCCAGCUAAUCAGCCUCAGGAUAAAGAUUUGUUUGUUGUGAGUUUAUCUUCAGAUCAGGUCAGGGAUGAUUCUGACCUAGCUCUGUGUGAUGAUCCUCACAUCGACAACGGACCCAUAUGCACACCUCUGCCUGAUGCCUUAAACCCCUGUGAUGAUGUGAUAAGUCAAGGCCUCCUGAGGGUGUUAGUCUGGGUAGUCAGCUUGUUAGCCAUCUCAGCCAACUCGUUAGUGCUGUUAACCCUGCUGACCUGCCAGCAGAAAAUGUCUGUGACCCGUUUCCUUAUGGGUCACCUGGCCUUUGCAGACGGCUGCAUGGGGAUGUAUUUACUACUCAUAGCAUUUGUUGAUUUCUACACGCACUCCCAAUAUUACCAGUAUGCUAUUUACUGGCAAACAGGAAGUGGCUGUAAUCUAGCAGGAAUUUUAUCUGUGUUUGCCAGCGAGUUAUCUGUGUACACAUUAACUUUGAUCAGCUUUCAGCGCUGGCAUGCCAUCUUUAAUGCUAUGAGGCCAGACAGACACAUGAGGCUGCGUCACAUAACUGUGCUGAUGCUCGUUGGGUGGUUACUUUGUGUGAUCAUAGCGCUGCUGCCGGUGCUGGGUGUGAACACUUACCAGAGAGUGAGCAUUUGCUUACCCAUGGAUACGGAGACAACUGUUGCCCAGGCUUACAUCAUCUCUGUGCUGAGCAUCAACGUCAUUGCUUUUAUUGUGGUAUGCUUGUGUUACCUUCACAUCUACUUUAUGGUGCACAAUCCCCAGCACGACUCGAGCCGAUUCGACACAAGCAUGGCUAAACGCAUGGCCGUUCUUAUUUUUACCAACUUCUUGUGCCUGGUUCCUAUCUGUUUCUAUGGUUUGUCUGCAGCUUUCCACCAGCCUCUAAUGACCAUCACAGACUCUAAGGUGCUGCUUGUGCUUUUUUAUCCUCUCAACUCUUGUGCACACCCAUUUUUUUAUGCUAUACUAACAAAAGCAUUUCACAGAGACAUCUUGAUGUUGCUGAGUCGCGUUGGGCUCUGCCAGAAGCACUGAGAGACCAUGCUGGCUCCCACAGUGGAACGCCAUCAUCCCAGAACAUUUAAAACUGGUUUUACACCAUUGUCAGAUGAAAUGGCGGGGUCUUUCAUCAGCCAUCUCUUAGUGAUUUACAUUUUGUGUAUUUUUUGUCAUUGAAUGGACAGUUUGUUGUUUCCAUUGCAAUUAUUAUAUGAGCUGUAUCUUAGCAGGAAAAUUAAAGAUACCUGGGUGUUAUCUAAUGAACUCUUAAAGUAGUGUCAGAGUAAGUCAGACCCUGAAGUUGUAGAAUAGUUUCAGUCAGUUUUUUAUUACAUGGACUGAAUCUCCUCCAGGGGUGAAGGCAUGGGGUGGAUCCUAUAGUCCACCACAGGGCCACACAUACAAAUAAACAGGAGGGUCAACACCUGCCAACAACUUUGAGUCAACAGGAGAAAACCCAAGCAUGCUUGCUCUCCCCAUGCAUUUUUUUUUUAAAUGUAUUCAUGAAAACUAGAGGUAUUUAAAUAAGUCCAAAUUUAAGCUAAUUGUAAAUAUCUCAAUAUUUGGGAGUACAUGAGCAGAAGGGCUCUUUGAUUGUCAGCAGGUCAGUUUUUCUUGCAGACAAACUACACAAAUGUCGGGAUAUGUUGGUAUAUUGUGAACAUUGACAAAUUACAAAGAACUUAAAGAGCAAGUCACCCCAAAUAAACCUUUUUUUUAACUGAUCGCCGUUGGCCAAACAGUACCCUAUGACGUUAGCUGGUAUCAUAUGAUGUCACAAUAGGGAGUCUAAGUCUCCUCCCUUUUCGGUCAGCUCAUGGGUCCUCGGAAAUUGAAAAACACGAAUGCAAGUCAAUAGAGCUAAAAGGGCCACACAUACGGUUAUUUUCUAAUCUGUUUUGCCUUAGACCCUGGAUUGCACUUAUGUUGUACUUCAAUUUAAAUGAAAAGUAAUGAUGGGUGUUUGGACCAUACCUGUCAUGUACUUUGGAUUUAUCAGCUUGUAAAAGUUCGUAAUUGGCGUGACUAAAAAUUGGACAUUGGUACGUCGCAUAUAUGAUGUCACCACAUAAUCUCCUCUCCCCUAGCGUAGCUGAUACUUACCACAUUGCCAGAUUUUUGGUGGUUCUUUCCUUGCUGAACGUACAGCCAUUUUCCCUCUGUUUUUCUCCGUGUCUGGUUUGGUGACGUCACUUUGGUGAAGCGCAUUUGUAAUCCUGGACAUUUUUUCACACAAAACCUAAAAUAGCGUUUUCCCCCCAUUCAAAAGUUAGCGCUUUCUUGGUAUCAAAAUGUGUCUGUGAAAUUCUCUGACUACAUAUGUGAAAUCCAUGGUACAUAACAAGCGGAAUAAAUAAUAUUGUAUUUGUAGCCCUAUUAACUUGCAUUCAUUUUUCUGUUCUUCCGGGGACUCACGGUCCAGAAAACGGUGGGCGUGACUUAGACUCCCUUUGCUGCUGUGAGCCUGUGUGUGUGUAUGUAUUUGUUAGCUGCUCCGCCCUCACGUUCUGCCAGGCAAUGCCUCCUUUUGAUGCAUUUUUCAUAUAGGGAACUGGGAGUGGAGUUAGACUCUGGUAGGGAGUGACUUGCUCUUUAACUGCUGGUAUUUUGUAUGCUGUAAAUUCUAGGGAGAAGAAAACCACAGAAAUAAAACCCAGAAAUAAAAAAAGGUACUGCACAAAUGGCCUUGUCUCCUAAUGAGUUAAUGGUUGUGUUUUGUCAGUUCUCCCAGAAAGCUUUCAGACAAAAAAUAAGCUCUUUAAUUGGUAUGCACACUUAAGAAAUAAUGAACUCUUGAGAGGGAGAGUACUUAUGUUGCUGCCUUCAUAAUCAAACAAAGAAGGACCUUUGCAAUUACUUCCUAAAGCAUUCCAGAGGUCUUGAAGUAGGUCUAGUAAAAUGUUUUAACAAAGUAGGAUCAUUGAAAGCCUAAGUUUGUUUACUUAUGUGAGUACUCAGACAAGUUCUUGUUGUAAUUCAUUAUUUUUAUAUUUAGAAAUACAGUGGCACUCACAAACAUAGUCCUGAGACAAGUAGCUUGUGAGAAACUCUGCAGAAGCUGUACGAUUCAGUAAUAACAAAGUCCCAGCAAAGUAUCAGGAACGUGCACUGGAUAAUCAGCUGGUGAC